AUGCGCGAGACUAAGCUCCACAGAGCUCAAGUUUUGGUGGUCAUUUUGUUGGGAUUUCUUUAUCUGCUGAAGGGAAACGAACAUGGGCCAGCUCUUAUCAGCAAGCUUUCAUCUUAUCUCACGGGGACAGUAACUAUUUGGCAGGUGGCCGUUGCACUUUUUCUCUGGCUAUACUUCUGCCGGAAUUUCGCAACGAUCACUUGCCUCGAAUGCCCGGAGCCUCUGAUCCACGCCUACACACCUGGAUUCUUCCAAGCCACACAGAUCACCACGGCCCUAGACGCAGGGUUCUGGACUGCUAUGAGUAUCAAGCCCAAAUGGCUCUGUGAUAUUGCGUCCCUGGUAUUUAGCAUGUACUAUCUCUUUGCGCUCGAGCAGGCUGAAGCGAAAGUGCGCCAGGUGCGAUCCGUUCUGACUGUGGAGCAUUUACGCGUUUCGUGGAACAAGGCAACGACUCCGUAUUUGUCGAUAGUGGCAAAGGUCCGGCGGCCAAGAUUGACUAGUUACCCUCCUCGUCCGAUUCAAAUCUCUCGUCCACAGCAGUCGUCAUACAAGGAGCCUGUGAACGCGUGGCUUUACUUUGAUGGACCUCUGAGUGCGCUUGAGAAUCAAACUUGUGUGGUUCUGGAUUUUCCCGGUGGUGGUUUUGUCGCAUUGAGCCCCCGGGAUCACGAUGAUCGACUACUCGCAUGGGCUGGGAAGCUCAAAGUACCAGUCGUGAGCCUCGACUACAAGAAAGCACCGGAAUAUCCGUAUCCGCAUGCCCUGCACGAAGGCUACGAUACCUACCAGCAUAUUAUCGCCACCAACGGACGCUGUCUAGGGCUUAGCGGUCGAACAUGUCCACGGAUCAUCCUCACUGGGGAUAGUGCUGGUGGUAACCUCGCUGUGGGCGUAACGCUGAUGACACUUACCAACGGCCUUCCUCGACCGAAUGGCUUGUUCCUGGCAUAUCCUUGUCUAAAUAUGAAGGGGGAGAGCUGGUUGAAUAAGGAGCAGAUGGAGUUUAUCCAGGGCAAGUGUGUACAGAGGACGAACCGGAAUGUCUUAUGGAGGAAGAAAAUGGACUUUUACGGACCAGCACCACUUCCAUCACCUAGUCCGUCCUUGGACGGAGAUGGAUCCUCAUCAGAGUCAUCACAACCGGACAUUGAGAAAAUGUACGAAACCUACAAUUAUUCCUUUUCUUCAACCACUUCAAAGUCAACCCACGCUCGAUUCGCCGUAUCAUCUGCCCUUUCCUACGCCAACGACCGAAUUCUAACACCCGAAAUCAUGCGCACUCUGAUAAUCCUCUACAUUGGCCCCAAAAAUCAACCCAACUUCAACAAAGACUACUUUCUCUCCCCGAUCCUCGCACCAGAAUCCCUCCUCGCACAAUUUCCCAAGACCUAUUUCCUAACAGGCGAGCGCGAUCCACUAGUCGACGACACGAUGAUUUUUGCAGGAUGUUUGCGCCAAGCAAAGCUGAACCAAUUCCUGGAUGUACAGGAUAUAGGUCUUGUCGAUGAGCGGAGGAUAUUCGAUGAGAAGGACCAUAUGGAAGUUUCGUUGUUACCGGGUAUCUCGCAUGGUUUCUUCCAGAUGGUGAGCUUCUUUCCGGAAGGGUGGAGGUAUGUUCACCGGAGUGUGGAGUGGAUUCGGGAGAUAUUUGAAAGGGGCGAGGUGGUUGAUUGGAAGGGUGUGCUUGAUGCAGUACCGCAGGCAGCUAAGGGGUUUUGUGAGAAAGAUGCUGCUAUUCCUAUGCCGGAACGCAAAUGCAGUGUCGGAAGUUUGUAUAGUGAGGAGGAUAUUUUGGAUCGAAGAAUGAAUGAGUUGACGGGGGGAUUGAUGUGCUGA